AUGGCGUCCACAGUGUGGUGUGACUAAAAUUUCAGGAGAGAAAUCAGUUAUUUUUACUCUAUUGCUAUCGUCAGAAAGAUCUAUUGAGGGUCAUACAGCAAGAGUAACACAUUAGGUUUUGGGUUAUUUAUGUAGUGGUCGAUUCUGGCCGCUUUUUCAGGUAAAACUUUAGGUCGAUUAAUGAAAAGUAAUUAGGAAACAGUUUUUGAUAACCAAACAAGAUGUGGUCAAAUCCACAAUGGCAGGCCAGCCAGGGACAACAUUGGCCCAUGCAACAAAGUGGAGAAGUGGACUGGGCUGUCUUAGCACAGCAAUGGAUCCAAGCUAAAGAAGCCCAUGAGAAGGGAGAACAAGUCCCAGAUGGAGCACAACCAUCAGAAGGUGGACAAAACGGUGCUGUUGCAUCACAUUUCAAUCCAGCGAAUAUGCAGUAUGGCUGGGGACCAGGUUGGCAGCAGCCUGUCGGUGGCUGGCCUCCAGCUGCCACUGAAGCCAAAGAUGGUCAUCCACAGACAUUUGAUUAUGCCCAUGGAGUACAGACUUUUAACCAUAAUCACGGGCAACAACCGGUAGCAGCAAACUUUCAGCUGCAAAGUUUUGAUUACAAUCACCAGUCAAUGGAAGGGGAAGGCGGCGGCACUGGUGAGGUUGCUCCACCUGGUGCUAGCCAGUUUACUAACUUUCAACAGUAUGGUGGUCCAGGCGAAUUUAACCAAUAUUGGAGUGGUGAAGAUAGUAGGGGGAGUCAGUCAGACGCUGUCCCAAGCAGAGAAUAUAGUAGUAGAGAUAGGAGAGACAGAACACCUCCAGUGGAAUCUUUACCUCUGGUACUAGACGCAGCAAAAAGGAAAACUCUACCAGCGUGGAUCAGGGAGGGCUUGGAAAAGAUGGAAAAACAGAAACAGAAAAAAAUAGAGAAGGAAAAAGACCAAGCAGAAAGGAAGGCUAGGCUAGAAGCUCAGAAAAAAGCUGAACACGAUCUUAUUAAUGAAGCUAGAAUAUCAAAAGGAUUACCUCCUAAAUCAAAAUAUGAUUCAGAUGAUGAAUCUGAUAAAGAAACAAAUAAAGAAGACAAAACGAACCACAGUGAUGAUGAGAGUGAGAAAGAAGAAAAUAAUCACUCCUCUGCAAACUCGCCGUCAUCCAGAAUGAAAAAAAGUCGGUUUGAGUCCCCGCCUCCUGAAGCGGAACCCAAAAGUGAACUUGAAAUACAACAAGAAAUGGUGGCUAAAACCCGUCGUCUCUUAACUGAAGUGUUAUUAGAAGUGACAAAUGAAGAGAUUCAGAGCGUGGCUGAAGAAGUGCACAAAAAAGCAAGAGUCAGAGCACCUGCAAAGCAACUAGCCCAGUCAAGUGCACUGGCUUCUAUCACCGGGCUUGGUGUGGCUGGUUAUGGGUCGGCAAGUAGUGGGGAAGACAGUGAAGAUUCAGACAGUGAUGAGGAAUUACAGCAAACAAUAAGACAAAAACAAUUAGAGUUUUCAAAGAAACAUCCACCGGCUCAAGAUUCCGGUGAAGAUGAGGAGGAUCAUUCUCCAAAAAGGAUUCGUAAUGAUGAUGAAAAUAGUAGAGAUUCUGAUGAAAAAAAUAUUAGUAGCCCAUCUAAGUCAUUCUUACUUGGUACAGACAACUAUGAUAAAAAUAGCAUACCAUUUUUAGAGUCUUCCCUAAAAAGUCCGGAUAUCAAAAAAGAAUCCGGCGCAACUGGAAACAGUGGAAAGUCUAGGGACCGAAAACAUUCCAGGAGAAAACUUGAUUCAGAUUCUGAUAGUAGGUCACGAUCAAGUAGUAGUACAGGCAGUAGCAGCAGUGGUAGUGAUAGUAGCAGUACUAGUAGGUCUGACAGUGAAGAAACAAACUAUAGUAGAAGCAAGCAUAGGUCUAGGGAUAGGGACUACCAAUAUGACAGAGAUAGACAGAAAAGGAGAGACCAUCGUGAUAGAAGUCAUCGAAGGCGUAGUAGAAGUCGUGAUCGGUACAGGAAGCGAGGUAGCGAUAGGUCUAGGGGUCAUGAUAGGUAUAGAAGUGAUAGUGAAGAAUCAACGUCGAGAUAUAGAUCAAGUAGGAAAUCUCGUAGACAUAGUAGUAGGUAUUCACGGUCUCGUAGUAGGUCCCCGAGGCGGAGUUCCUAUCGUUCUCAUCGCGGUAAAUCAAAUUCCCCAAGUAAUAGAAAAAAACGGAAACAUAAAAAAGAAAAGCGACAUAGUAGAAGUCGCUCAUAUGAUAGUCGUUCGCCUUCAAUAGAAAGUGAAAAUUCGUCCUCCAGACGUAAAGGAAAGUCCCAAAAGACAAAGAAAAGGAGUGGUUCUCGCUCACCCAAGUCAUCCAAAGGCAACAAAAAGAGAUGUUCACACUCACGAGAAAGUUCAUUUGAGAAGUCACGGGGAAGCAGGUCUGGUAAGAAGUCAAGUCGCAAACACAAGUCUAGAUCCAGAUCAAGGUGGCUAUCAUCUUUUUACCUUUCAUUUCUUGGCAAAAUAAAUUUCACCUUCUGCUUGCGAUUUAAAUCCCCAUCAGCUGAUGCAAGGUUAACUAUUCGCACCUAUGUCUUAUUUUGGCGACAAAAUGCAAUAAGUAAACUAUCCCUCUGUAUGAAUAGGUUAAACUUGCACCAGUCUACAUGUUGA